ACAUGAGUAUUAACUUCCUGUCUCUUUCUGGCAAAAUCCAAACACAAACAGAGAAACCCCACAAGAUCGAUGGGUUGCGUUUCGUCAAAACUCUUCAAGAAAGAGAUCCACCGCGAUAUCCUCCUCAACAAUGGCGGCGAGUGCGUGAACCACGUGGUGUCUCUCACUUCGACCACUUACGGUGCUCUCAAACUAGACAACAAUCAUGACCCGAAGAAUCAGCCCAUCAAAGAUAUUGUUGCAGAGCCCAAGAAGAUGCAGAGAUCGCCCCCGCGAGACGAGCCAGAGGUCAUCAAUGCCUGGGAACUCAUGGGUGAUCUUGAAGACGGAGUACCCAUUUCGGUUGUAGCCAAAAAAAGCCCCAAAUCGCUGGGUAUACUUCGUGGGUUAGCGGAUUUAGAUGCUAGAAGUCCUUUGAAGUUCUUGAACCAGUUUGAUUCUCCGAAGAAAGCGAAGAGAUUUGGAGGUAAAGAGAACAAAGGUUGUGAAAUUGGGGUUCACAAGAAUGUGGGAGAGUCAUAUUUUACCCCAAAAUCAAGCUCGAAAAAAGCAAAAAAUUCUCCUGCGAAUUCUGGCAGGGCAAUGUUGAGAUUGAGUUUUCCAUUCAAAGGGUCUCCACUUGGGACCAGAACUGGAGGGUUUGGUAAUGAUUCCACGGUCGCAUUGCGGAGAAGGAGUUUGACUCCCCUGUUUGAUCCAGAGCUUGUUGCUUCAUACGAGAGAGAAUUGUCUCAAGAGGAAGAACAAAUCAAGAGGAUCAUUUCACCAUCACCCGGAAUCCGAAAAGUGAAGAAUACACGAGAUUUGGAGUCUUUUCUCUGCCAAUUCGAGCAAAAAUGCCCGCCAGGUGGAGAAAAUGCAGUUGUGAUGUACACUACCACAUUGAGAGGAAUUAGAAAAACUUUUGAAGAUUGCAACUGUGUCAGAUCAAUUAUUGAAUCGCAUCAGAUUCAGCUUUAUGAGCGUGAUAUAUCAAUGGAUUCAGGGUUCAAGGAGGAGUUAAGGACCUUAAUGGGAACAAAGGAGGUGAAAGUUCCACUUGUGUUUGUGAAGGGAAGGCUACUUGGUGGAGUUGAUCAAAUAAUUAAGUUGGAGGAGGAGGGAAAAUUGGAAAUCCUGUUCGAAGGGAUCGCGAGAGCUGUCGCCGGGGGAUGUGAAGGAUGUGCAGGGAUGAGGUUUGUUAUGUGUACAGACUGCAAUGGAAGCUGCAAAGUGCUUGAUAAUGAGCAAAAGAAGACAUUGAGAUGUGGUGAGUGCAAUGAGAAUGGCUUGAUACAUUGCCCUUUAUGUUCUUGAUUUCCAUUGAUUAACUUAUUUGAGUGAUUUUGAGAAUAGCUGGAACAUGAGAACUUCCUUUUAAAUCUCUUUCUGUGUUUUCUGGGUAGGGAUCUAAAGUGGGUUUUGGGCCUCCUGUGAUACUAAUUUGAUGGCUUCCUUGUGUAUUUCUGGAUCAAGUCGUUCAAUUUAUCUUUCGGACAAGAUAGUUUAUCUGUAA